AGAUCUGCCCCUCUUCAGUUCGGAGCAUGUAGCGAUUGGCUGGGGGAGUUAUCGCUUAACAGAGCCCGUAGGCGGAGGGAGGAAGAGGGCUGUGUCCUGGCAAAGGAGGGGAGUGGGUGACGCGGAGGUUGUGGUGGCAGUGGCUACUGCGACCCCCUCGGCUCUUCCCGUUGUCCUCUUCCGCAGGUGAAUGGCUGCGGAAUGGAAAGCGAGGGGAGCGGCGGGAGCGGGGGCUCGGCGGGGCUCCUGCAACAGAUCCUGAGCCUGAAGCUGGUGCCGCGGGUGGGCAACGGGACGCUGUGCCCCAACUCCACCUCCCUCUGCUCUUUUCCAGAAAUGUGGUAUGGCGUGUUCUUGUGGGCACUGGUAUCUUCUCUCUCCUUCCACGUCCCUGCUGGAUUACUGGCACUAUUCACCCUCAGACAUCACAAAUAUGGUAGGUUCAUGUCUGUAAGCAUCCUGUUGAUGGGCAUCGUGGGACCAAUUACUGCUGGAAUCUUGACAAGUGCAGCUAUUGCUGGAGUCUACCGAGCUGCAGGCAAAGAAAUGAUACCUUUUGAAGCUCUCACUCUAGGUGUUGGCCAGACGUUUUGUGUAGUGGUGGUUUCCUUUUUACGGAUUUUAGCAACUCUAUAGCCUCUACUUACAGUCUGUGAUAGAACAACUCUUGAAGAGAGGAUUUCCAAAUAUUUAUUAGGGAAGGGCAUUGUUAAAAGUGGCAAUUUAUUUAAAGUUUUUCAAAUUGAAACUGCUUAAACAAGAAUAUGUGAAGGCCUGCCAUCUUGGUCCCUUCUUCAGUUUGAAGACAGUGCUUCAUGAGCCAAAGACCUUUCUGGUGAUAGAUUUCUUAUUGAGAAAAACUCAUAGGGUUCAUCAGAUUUCCUCUUUGAAGAAUUGUCAAAGUUUGCUCUUUUGUAAUUAUACCCAAGCCAGCACAGCAGUUGAUUUGAAUUGCCGUCCCUUGUGCCAGUAUUCACUAGGAUCUCUAAGAAAUUGCAGCAUUGUUGUCAUCAAAUGAUUUUUGAAGAGCUCCACAAAAAUUGAACUGUUGUAAAGCAAAAUAGACUUUGCACAAAGACUUUUGUCUAAGGAGAUUUGACUUUAUUGAAGUUAGCUUUUUCAUUUUUGUUUUUUACAUUUUUGUGACAUUAAGUGCCAAGUAGGUUUUUGUUUGAGGAUUAUAACUCUGAGAACAAAUGUAAUGAAAUAUUGGAGCAGGGAAAUCUGUGUAAAAUGUGACAUUAUGAAUAGCAUUGGUUCCAUUGUUUAAAGGGAAAAAAGUAACAACUACUGAAUGAUAUUAAGUGAGUUAAAUAUUUUGACCUCUGACUAAUAACUUGUAAUAAGCUGAGACCUUCUAAGAUUUUUUUAAAUGUGAAAAUGCAGUUUUGUAUUAUUGAAAUAUGCUUGCUAAUUCAGCCAUUUUCUUUCUGAAUACCUAUCAUCUGCACCUUCUUCUCAUUCUCUGCUAAUUUUAUUUGAUUUUAUUGACAAGGUGCCCAGUAGAAGGUAACUUGCACUGAAAAAAUUUUAGGUUGAUUAUUCAGAAUGCACUUUAGUCAUUAAGGCAGAAAGAAGAGGAUUCUUCUCCAGGUCUGCUCUCAAAGAAUCUUGUUCCAAGUGGGGUGCUCCUUACAAGAACUUGGGUGGUAGAAGUUCAGCUGAAAGUAAAGUGGGUGGUCUUGACUGUUUAGUCUAUAAUUUUUACAGUGUAAAAUCUCUACUCAAUUGGAUCAGAGCUCUUUUAUUCCAGAAAGUGCCUAAAAUUCACUCUAGUUUAUUCUUCUUACUUUUCUCCUUUCACAUUCUAUCCUUUAAACCAGAUCACAGAUUUCCUUGAAGAAAAUUUGUAUUUUACUAUGCCAGAAAUAGACCUCAGAAUUAUUUUAGCGACGUUUUUCUCCUUAUAUUGCCUAUUCAUCAAAUGUAAAUUAAAGAUUUAUUUUUCAUUCACUAUAGGCCUGAAAACUGUGACCUUAAAGGUGAGAGGAUUAAUUAUAGGAUGAUGUAAGAAAUUAUAUAUCCAGGUUGAUUUUGACUACUUAAUUUGUUAUAGCAUGGAAUACAGUCAACAUUAGGCUUUUUUGAUCUGGUUCUAGAAUAAUUCAGAGUGCUUCAGGUAACCAAAUCUUUAUCCUUAAAUGGAAAAAAUUAAAGCUAGGGAAUUAUUAUUAUCACUAAAUAAUAACCCACACUAACACAUAUAUGGUGAUACGUAUUCUAUUUAAAAAGACAUAUUUAUACAUCUAAUUAAUAGUAACAUAACAUUAAUAAGAGAACUAUGAAGAAAAAUCAUGAAGGAAUUGCACACAAAAUAAAAACUAAGUUAGCACAAAUAGAAUUCACCCAGGUGAUAAAUGACCUACACCUGUGAGAAGUAAAAACAAGUAAUGUUCUAAGAUAAUUCUAAAUUUCCCAACAUAAUUUAUAGCCAUUAUUAAAGUCUUAUUAUUGCAGGCAGUAUUAGUCAGUAAGUAAAUUUUCCCACAUUACAUAGCUAUUUAAUAGUUGAUAUAUUGCACAAAGAGAAUGACAAUUCAUCUUAGAGACCACUUGGGCUUUUGUUUAGAUUCAUGGAAAGUAGAAAGGUAGAAAAUUUAAAUUUAAUUUAGGAAACUAUCCAAAGACUCAGAUACAUAUAUUUUUGUGGUAUUCUGUGAAUUGUGUUCCGAAAGUUGUAUACAUGCUUUUCCUUUCACCUUUAGACAGAAGUUGUCAUGUAACAGUGGCCAUUCAGGUGGCAUUUUUCAGGACUCUAGCGCUGAAGUUUCAUUAGACCUUAGGAUGAACAUGAAUAGUGAAUAUUAGUUAUUUUAUUAUGUUCAACUUUUAAGGUUCUUAAGCUUCUGAAUGUAUUUUGAUUUUUUUCUUGUUCUUUAUUCUCAUAGUAUCUAUGUCAUAGUGUAGAGUUUGUUUGUGUUUAAAGUUUGAACUGAGCCCAAGUGUUGCCAUGAAGGUUUUAAAUCAGGAUUGAAUCCCAGGUUUUCUUUAUAUAAUCUGUCAGCUACCAGUUUAGGCUCUACAAGUUGAGGGGGCUAUAAACCUUAAGCCAAAAAACUCCUAAUACUACCUUGUGUUGAACUGACUCCACUUACAUUGCUCUGAAAUCAUUUUUCCAGAAGAUUGGGCUACCUUAUUCUUAAACCCCUGCUCAUCAUUGGUACUCUUAAAAUAAAAUCAUUUCUACCAUGAUAUAGAUGAUAUAGUGGCAUAAAAAAAAGAAAUAUCUUUAUAGUUAUUCUCACAUUUAUACUUAAGUGUAUCUGUGAUGUCAAUGAUAUGGAUGUUCCAUCUAGUGAUGCCGAUUGCCGCUCAUCCAUGUCAUCUCAUUCUGUGGGUCUCUUGACCACAACUUCUCAUAAAUCCUUACGCAGUGUGCUUAAGGUCUUCCUUUCGAUCACAAAAAUACUUAAUCUUUAGGCAUUUCUUCCAAGGAGCCUUUUUGAUUGAGUCCAUUAGUCCAUUUCUGGUGACUGCUCCUUGCAAAAGUACUAUCAUUGGAAAUUUCAGGUUGAAGAAAUUUAGCUAUAUUGCAACACAAUAUUGGACUCUUUCAACAGGGUUGUAAGAGAUUAUUUUGAUUCUUUUUUUCAUAGGAUAUAUCCAUGACAGUUGUUAUAUCCAAAAGGAUAUAUAUGUGUGUGUGUUAUGUAUUAUGUGUGCACAUAUACAUAUAUGAACCAUAUGUGCAUACACACAUAUAUAUUUAUAAUAUAUUGCUGUUAUGGUUCAGGGGAUUAGUUGUUGCAUUCAUGCCCAAAUUCAAUAAGGCGUCUGGAAAGGUCUGGUUUCCAUCUGCUUUUUUUCCCAACUUUUUUUACCUGUUCUGCUUUUAUCAGCAUAUAUGUCUUCAAAUUACUAGAUAUUCAGUGUUUAUGUGGUCAGCCCCAGUAUGUGAUAUGCUCUCUUUUGAAUGGUUUAUGAAUGCCAUAUGUAGAUUUUAUUUGAAAUGUAUAUAGCCUGAAUUAAGUUUCAGGAAGCAAUUAUUUAUGUAAAGCUAAACAAUGGAACUUCUUUUAUUCUAUCAGAUAUGCAGUUAUUUAGGUAGAAAAAAAAUUGUGGUUUGAACCACACAAUUUAAUUUAUGUUGUCUGGUUUUUCAAAUUGCUAAUUUAAAAAAAAAACUGAAUUUUGUAAAGAUAGAUGAUAAUCCCUCUUAAUUCCUUUAAUGUCAGAAAGAUAGCUGAUAAAACCAAUUUUGUGCCUCUUCCUUAGGGUUUUUUCCCCUCAUAAACUACCAAAGAUGAUCUUUCCUGUCUUUAUUGUGGUACUUUGUGGUGGAAAAUAAACGUUCAUGGAAAUGUUUCUAAAUGCAGAAAAAAUGAGAUUCCAGAGUAAAGGAGAUCAUGGGGACAAAAUACAUCUUUAUUCCAGGAUCAUCAGCAUAGCCUUCUACUUUUCUUUUCUUCUUAGCAAUGAAAACCUAAACUUUUAUGAAAUGUGGAGCUAGUGAGAUAAACUUAACUUCUAAAUUUUCCUCUUGUAUGUUGAAAUUUAUUCAUCUAUCAAGCUUUUAAAAACUUUUCAGUUCAACUUUGCUUCCUAAUUGCUGUGGUUUAAGUUAUAGUCUUAUUACAUUAUAAAGCCUAAUAGAAAAAAAGAAACACCAAGGAACAGUUUUGUUGAAUGUAAAGCACUGGUGCCAUUAAUUGUCCAUAUACAGAAGGCUUUUCACCCUUGUGCACAUACUGUAUGCUGGUUGUAACUCAAAUCAGCUUUACCCUUUUGUAUGAAGAUUAUUUCACUAACUGCUACAGUCAAUAAGAUCAAAUCUUUGUAUGAGAGAGAACAACUGAAAUUUUAUUUUUCUACUGACAUUUCUAAUGCUGGUGUCAAAGUUUACCAAUAAAAAUUAAUUACAUUA